AUGGAGGCCGCGUGGAGGAAGGUCAGGAAGGCGAUGGGCCUCCGCCUCGGCGUGCACGCGUCCGCGGCGGGAGGUGGAAACGUCCGCCGGGCCCCGCCGGGCGCGGGCGGUUGUCGGCGGGACGCCGCGGUGGCGGUGGUGCUGGUGGCGGCGGCGGCGGACGAGUCGGGGCCGAGCACGCCGGUGGGUGCGCUCCGCCCGUCCAAGUCCGGGGGCAGGUCCUCCUCCUCGCACUCCUCCAAGGGGAAAUGUGCAAUAUGCUUUGCUAGCAUGAGAUCUGGCCACGGACAAGCCCUUUUCACGGCAGAGUGUUCUCACAUGUUCCAUUUUCAGUGUAUCUCGUCUAAUGUAAAACAUGGAAACUAUGUCUGCCCAGUUUGUCGAGCGAAAUGGAAAGAGAUACCCUAUCGCUCACUAUCUUCUACUAGUCCUCGUGGAAGAGUUGGAGGUGACCAUAUUCGAUCACCCCAACAAGAUCCUCAUUUGGCUCUUCACCGGCAAGUUUCAAACCGGCGGCCAGAGGUCCGUCGGUUACAUACUUCUGAGCCAGUAGACUACAAUGAUGAUGAACCUUUGCAGCGCAUAGAGGCUUUUGACAAUUUUAAUUCUGGAUCUAGGAAAACUGCUGAGAUCAGCUCAUACCCAGAAUUCCAAGCUGUUUCACAGUCAUCAUGUCUAGAUGGAUUUGACAUUCUGAUCCAUGUGAAGGCCCCCACUUCUAGCACAGAUGACGUCACAGGCAGUUUGGUCAAUGAAAGCUCUAUGAGGUCGUCAAGACGAGUUCCUAUUGAUCUUGUUACUGUCCUCGAUGUUAGUGGCAGUAUGGCAGGCACAAAAUUGGCACUCCUGAAGCAAGCAAUGGGUUUUGUUAUUCAGCACCUUCGGCCAUCUGACCGCCUUUCAGUCAUUGCCUUUUCAUCUACUGCUCGAAGACUGUUCCCCCUCCAACGGAUGUCACAUCAUGGUAGGCAGCAGGCCUUGCAGGCAAUCAGCUCACUUGGCGCUGGUGGUGGUACGAACAUUGCUGAUGCACUAAAGAAAGCUGUGAAGGUAAUUGAGGACCGCAACUAUAAGAAUUCUGUAUGCAGUAUCAUUCUUCUGUCAGAUGGUCAAGAUACCUACAACAUUUCCUCAAAUUUCCAAGGCACAUCAGCAGGUCGUAGGUCACUUGUUCCAUCUUCUAUUCUAAAUGAACUCCAUAUGGUACCCCUGCACACUUUUGGAUUUGGAGCAGACCAUGAUUCAGAUACACUGCAUUCGAUUUCUGAAGCUUCUGGUGGCACCUUUUCUUUUAUUGAGGAUGAAGGUGUGAUGCAAGAUGCGUUUGCUCAAUGUAUUGGUGGGCUUCUUAGUGUUGCUGUUCAGGAGAUGCAUCUCAGUAUGGAGUGCGUUGAUCCUGGUGUUCAACUUUGUUCCAUUAAAUGUGGCAGCUAUCCAAGUAAGGUAGCAAGAGAUGGACGAAAUGGAUCUGUUGAUAUUGCUCACUUAUAUGCUGAUGAGGAGAAAGACAUUUUGCUGUCAGUGACCAUUCCAAAAUCUUGUGAACAGACUUCACUGUUAAGAGUUGCUUGUGCUUACAAAGAUCCUGUGACCAAUGAGACUAUCAAGAUUCAAGGUGACGAGGUAAAGAUCAACAGGCCAACAUCCACUGUAUCUGUACCGGUUUCUAUUGAAGUUGACCGAGAGAGGAACCGUAUACGAGCUGCCAAUUCUAUCGAGUCUGCACGGGCUGCUGCCGAGAGGGGUGCUCUCUCUGAGGCCGUCACUAUUCUUGAGGACUGCCGGAGGGCAGUAUCACAGUCUGUUGCAAGACAGAAUGGGGACCGUCUAUGCAUGGCCCUUGACGCAGAGCUAAGAGAGAUUCAGGAGAGGAUGGCGAACCGCCAACUUUAUGAGGCUUCAGGGAGGGCAUAUAUGUUGUCUGGAUUGAGCUCUCAUUCAUGGCAGAGAGCAACAGCGCGCGGAGACUCUACAGAUAGCACCACUCUUGUUCACUCAUAUCAAACGCCAUCCAUGGUUCAGAUGCUGGAGCAUUCCCAGAAUUUCAGCUCUUUGCCUCAGGGCCGAAGGCCACAAGUCCAGGGAAGGCAGGAAUUUCGCAUGAAUAUGACAUGA